AUGGAAUUUGAACAAGAUAUUCAAAAAGCUGAAGAGUUUAAAGAAAAAGGAAACGAUCUUUUCAAAAAAAAAGAAUAUUUAAAAGCUAUUGAAUAAUACACAAAUGCAUUAUAAUACAAUAAUUAAAACUCAAGUUAUUACGGAAACCGAGCUGCAUGUUAUUUAGCAUUAGAAAAAUACUAAAAAUGUAUCCAAGACUGUAAUAUAGCUUUAGAACUGGACCCUAAAUUCUCUAAAGCUUACCGAAGAAAAGCUUUAUGUUAAAUACAAAUGUUAGCUUUCUAAGAUGCUUUAUUCAAUAUAGAAAAGGGAUUACAAAUAGAUAAUUAAGAUCAAAGUUUGAGACAAGAUUAAAAAGACUGUUUAAGAUUGAAAUAAUAAUAUGAACAUUUUAACAAUUACAUGAACGAAAAUAACUUUAAUGAAGCAAACAUAGAGCUUAACUAAAUUUUAUAAAAAAUAUAAAAUAAUAUCUAAUUAAAACUUAAACAAGUUGAAUGUCUUGCAAUGAAAGGAGAAACUGAUCAAGCCAAAAAUAUUUUGGUCAAAAUUCAAAACCAUGAAGAUGUUAGAAGACCCGAUUUAUGUUAUUUAUAAGGAAUUUGUGAAUUAUACAAUGGAAAUACUGAUAAAGCUAAAACACUUUUCAAAAACGGAAUGACCUUAGAUCCUGAUAAUACAAAAUGUAGAACAGCAUUAAAAAAAGCCCAAAGAGCUGAACAACUAAAAGAGUAAGGAAAUGAAGCUAUAAAAUAAGAAAACUAUGAUGAAUCAAUUAGGCAUUACGAUGAGGCUUUAUAAAUAGACCCAAAUAAUAAAAAACUAAAUGCAGUCUUGAGAUCAAAUAGAGCAUUAGCUUGGGUUAAAAAGAAAGAAUAUAAAAAGGCUAUGGAAGACACUAAUAUAGCUAUAGAUUUAAAUCCUUAAUAUUUUAGAGCUUUUUUACGAAGAGCUGAUAUUAAAAUGAAGAUGGGAGAUUUUGAUUCCGCAAUAUAAGAUUAUUAGAGAGUAUCGGAAUUGGACCCUAGCUAAAACGUAUAAUAAUUAAUAAAAGAAGCUAAAAUAUAAGCAAAAUAAGCAAAGAAAAAAGACUAUUAUAAGAUUUUGGGGGUUGAAAGAAAUGCUUCAGAUUAGGAAAUAAAAAAAGCAUAUAGAAAAUUAGCCCUUAAAUGGCAUCCGGAUAAAAACCCAGAAAAUAAAGAAGAAGCUGAUAAAAUUUUUAGAGAUAUUAAUGAGGCUUUCUAAGUAUUAAGUGAUCCCAAAAAAAAUAAAUGUUCGAUUCUGGAGCUGAUCCUAAUGAUCAUGAAAGUGGAGGUUUUGGAGGAGCAGAUUUUGAUCCUUAAGAAAUCUUUAAAAUGUUUUUCGGUGGAGGUGGUG